GAUAAAUGGAUUUAGAUGAAAUAUUCGGGAAAAUAGAGAAAUAAGAUAAAAAACCAAAAGAGAAAUAACCAUAAAAGGUUGAUAAACCACCUUAAAAGGUUGAUAAAUAGCAAAAGUCAAUUCAGAAUAGGGAAUAACAUUAAUUGAGAUUGAAAUUGAAUCAUGAGAUAAAUAGAUUAGAAUUGGUGAAAUUGACAGCCGAGAAUAUUUAUUGAUAAUCAAUAAAUAUAGACACAGCAAAUUAAUUUCAAAAUGAAAUGGUAGAUUUAGAGAUGGCAUAAAUGAUAGGAGAUGCUGAUUUAUAUGGGGAUAAAAUCAAGCAUAAAGGUUUUUUGAUAGGAAAAUUUGAAAAACCAUUUUAAUUGAGAAAUAAUGCUGAUGGAGAAUAAUAAUAACCUCUUAAAAGUGGUCUAAAUAGAUAACUUAAGAUAUUUAAGAGAGAUUUAGGGAAUCUAUCUUAUGCUGCAGUGUCAAAGUUAAAUAACUUAUGGAGAUUAUAUAUUGAAGAUUUAUUGAGUAAGGAAUAAUAAGCAGAUUCAAAGUUCUAAAGAUUAUUAAGGGCUGAUUUUCAUGGAGCAUUGAUUUAGAUAGUAUAUUCCAAAUGUAAAACCUACGAGGGGUAGGAGGGAAUAGUAGUGAGGGAGAAGAAGAAAUCAUUCAUUAUCAUAAAAGAAAAUGAUUAAUUAAGUGUUAUAGAGAAAGAAAAUACCAUAUUUUUAUUGCCAGUUGGAAAUAAGACAUAUCGUUUACAUGGAUGUCAUCUUAUUAUUAAACCAUCUGAAAGAAUUAGAAAGGAUAUCAAAUAUCAUCCUGCCAAUAUUUUCUGUUAUUAACAAAUGUGAUUAUUUUUAUUUCAUUUUAUUUCGCUUGAUAAAUAUAUAUAAA